AUGGCCGAGGCAAAGAAGAAGCAGCUCGUAUACAACAUCAUCGACUUUCUCAGAACCUCCGCCGCGGACGGGACUGUGAAGGAGGACGAUCAGGAGUCACUGGAAGUUGCCAUGCAAUGCAUCGGGGAGGCGUUUGGUGUAGACCCCGAUUCCACAGAGGACGCGAACGCCUACUCUAUCAAGCCCGCCUCGCUCCUUUCCAUCCUCGACGUCUUCCUCAAGACCAAGGCCAAGGCAGCUUCUCAGCCACCUUCAACGCCCCUCGCAUCAUCCCCUGCCCCUACUCCUUCCUCUUCCUCUGGUCCAUCUGAGGCCGACAAAGCCAAGGCGGAAACCUUGAAGGCCAAGGGAAACCAGCUGAUGGGUCAGAAGCUCUACGACUCGGCUAUCGAGCAGUACACUGAAGCCAUCAAGAUCAGCCCCAACCCGGUCUACUACUCCAACCGUGCGGCUGCUUGGGGAGGUGCUGGUCAGCAUGAGAAGGCGGUGGAAGAUGCGGAGAAGGCUCUGGAACUCGACCCGAAAUUCACCAAGGCCUACUCUAGGCUCGGACACGCUCAGUUCAGCCAGGGCGACUUUGCUGCUGCUGUCCAAGCCUACGAGAAUGGUCUCGAGCUCGAUCCUACCAAUGCUAACAUGAAGACUGCUCUUGCUACCGCCAAAACCAAGCUUGCCGAGACUUCUUCAAACUCUGUUGCGGACCGUGAGCCUGCUAGAAACGCCGGUGCGGGAGGUGCUGGGGGCGCUGGGGGAAUGCCCGACCUGUCUUCUCUGGCCAGUAUGUUGGGUGGUGGUGGUGGUGGCGGUGGUGGGGGUAUGCCCGAUCUGGCGUCUUUGAUGAACAACCCUCAGAUGAUGGCCAUGGCCCAACAAAUGAUGGGUAAUGGUGGUCUGGAGAGGCUCAUGGAAAAUCCUGCUCUGCGCAACAUGGCCGAGAGCUUCGGCAACGGCGGCGGUAAUGGCGGCGGUAUGCCCGAUCUGAGCUCGCUCGCCAACGACCCAAACAUGAGGAACUUGUAA